CCGCUAAUAUUCACACUAUAUCCAUUCUUCAAAAUACAUAAUACGCAGACGUACGCUUAAAAUGCGUAACUAUGAACCGGACCGACCUGCGUCACAUUCCUGACGCCUGAGACGCCGCAGUUAAAAGUGAACCACGGUGUAGUGUGGUUAGAAGAAUGCGUAUAGAGGUGAUAUAGUGCGUAUAGUUAUAUAGUGAUAUCAACGUUACACAACACAACAAUUAUACGCAUUCUUUAAAAAACAAGGAAUAAACAUCAUGAGGUCCUCACGGAGUUCCAUAAAAGAACCACUCGGGAAGAAGGCCAGUGGAUUGGGUAAACUGAUGUCAGCUUUGCACCAGAACGCUUCUAGUCUCGUCACUUCAAAACCUGAACAAAAUGGACCAAAUCAGGUUUUACCAGCCACCGAAUACAUCACCUCACGGCGCAAUAUUUGCGUAAAGUUACGUAAAGAAGAAACUGGAUUGGGUGCUGAGGAACCUAUUUCUGUACCAUCUCUUAUACAGGAUCUUGCGGAACUGUAUCCGGAAGUAAUAGCUUUGAAGAUCCGGGGAACGGAAGCCGGAACUUGGAAAACAUGGAACUACAAUCAGCUGUACGAAGAGAUACAGGUAGUUGGAAGGGCUUUCAUAGAAACCGGUUUGCAGCGCCACCACUCAGUGGCAAUAAUUGGCGCCAAUUCUCCAGAAUGGAUUAUAUGCAACAUGGCCGCCAUCAUGGCAGGAGGAAUAUCAGUGGGAAUUCAAACUAGUCUGACUGCAGAUGAAAUUGCUAAAGUAGCAUUAGACUCUAAAGCUGAUAUAAUAGUUGUUGAUCAAGAGCACCAAUUGAAAAAGGUUUUGUUGAUACAACAUAAGCUGCCUGAGUGUAAAGCAAUUAUCCUAAUACAAGGAGAACCAUCUAUUGCAGAUAAGCGGCGGUUGCAUCGAACUCAUAGAAAGCAUAUCUUAUCCUGGGCAUCACUCCAAGAACUCGGCCAGUCCCUGUCUGAGACUAGAUUGGAUGACCGGCAGAGAAGAAUAGCAAUAAAUCAAUGCUGUAGUCUCGUGUACUCCAGUGGAAGCCAUUCUACACCCAAGGGAGUAAUGUUCUCUCAUGACAACUUGACCUGGUCUGCUAAAAUGGCACUUGGAUUCAUCAGAGCUCCAGGAUUCAACAGAAGCCCUGCCCCAGGGGAGGAAGUUUUAAUCAGCUAUCUACCUCUUUCACACAUAUCAACACAGAUCCUGGAUAUCUACUACUGCAUGACUGUGGCUGGUACUCUUGUAUUCCCAUCCUCAAAUAUACUUCAUGACGGGGAUAUGUUCUUUCAAGAAAUUAAAACGAUCCAGCCAACCAUACUGUACGGUCCUCCUGUCAUAUUUGAGAGAAUAUAUCACAGAUUGGUUCAAUUGAGAAGAUCUGUGUCGGGAGUUGAACGAUUUUUCUUAGACUGGUCUAAUGGAGCUGUAUCACAAAAACAUCUACAAAACCACAGUGGUUUAUCUCUUCCCGGAGCUAAACCUUCAGGUUCAACCAAGAUUGGAGAUAUCCAGAGCAAAAUCGCCAAAAAUACUGUCUGCAAAAAGUACAAGGAGAGUUUAGGUUUGUGUCCUAACACCCUAUAUCUGUGCCGGGGCGGGCCUCUUCAGGACCGCCUCCUACGGUUCCUAUCUGGGUUUGAUAUUGUUGUACACUCUGGGUACGGACAGUCAGAGACGACCAGUUUUCUUGCAGCUAAUAUCCCUAAACGGUAA